GCCGUCGUAGUUGUCUGUCAUUCAGAUGUAUACCCGGAUUAUGUGAUGGUGAGAAACGUGUGGCGACUGCGAGUGGCAAUCGCUGCCGAUCGGUCAGAGUGAUUAUAACGCGAAUGAAAUCAACGUGACGUGUAAUGCUGUAAAGGAUGAUUUUCUAGUGGGUGGUUGCAAUCGCAGUGUCAACUAGAGUGACCACACGGAUGACCAGCUGACAAUGUUUUGUCAUUAGCAUAAUUUAGUGUCUAGCGGGUAGUCCGGGUAAAUCAAGAAUGUUUAAAGCUGAGGAACCAUCCAGAGACAGCUUCCUUCAGCAAAUGAAGGCCGCUAGGGAAGAAAGGGCCCAUGAGAAAGACAGAGAAGCUGCUGUCAUUUUAAUUCAGGCUUAUGUUAGGGGAUGGUUGACCCGUAAAAGAAUAUUGGAAGAAUUUGAUACGAAUUUUCUGAAUGAUGGUGGUACAGAAACAAAUAUAAAGUUAAAACCUGCUUUGGACGUGUAUAGGAUUAUUUUUAAAUUUUUGUACAUAUAUAAGAAAGAAAAGGUUCAAGAAAGAAUAGAAAAGCUAUGUAGAUAUUUAGUAUUGACUCUAGAUUCUGAGUCUCCAGAAAUUUCUUAUGUAGGACUUGUAUUAAACAAAGAUCGCUACAUAUCAUGGAUAUCACAGAUGAAAACAAUAUUACUUUAUUGUUUGACUGGUUUAGAUAAUCUUAAACCAGAAAGAGUGUCUGACCAUAAAUCCAUCCAUUUGAGAUUACAUACAUUAGUUAGUUUUACAUCACCAGGAACAUGGGCAAUUCAGAAAGUAGAAGGAAUGGAAAAACUCAAAGCUGGUAUGAAUCAGCUUUGUGCAAAUAUAAUGGGCCACCUAGUCAACAAUGGGUUUUAUCCCAUUAUGCAAGCGUUUCUAGUAAAAGGAUUGGGUAGAGUGGAAAUUGCUUUAAAACCAAUUGCACUUUCAGCAGCAGUUACAUUAGCACUGAGACCAUUAAUCUCCUCCCAGAUGUCAGAUAAAUUGGUUUCAUUGUUUUUAAUUAAUAUUUUUAGCGUACCUGCAUUGGUCUAUCAUCUGAAUAGUAUAUCAUCAGUAUGUAUUACAUCAUUUAUUACAAACAAUUUAUUUGCAAGGAGCCUGGAAUUAUUGAAUUCGGAGCAAAAUUUACGAAUAGUAUUUAAUGCUCUGGAAGGCAGUUAUGCACUGUGUUUGUUGGCCAAUUUAAUACAGUUGGCUAAUAUUGAAAGAGAUGAAGUGUUAAAAGAAUUGUACUUUCCAUCUUUUACGUUUGUUGUAACAAAAAUGUUGGAAGCAUGUCAGCAAUAUGUAGUUGCAAAACAAAGUAAUUUAACUCACUGGCAUCCUAUUCUUGGUUGGCUUGCACAAAAGGUUGAUACAUAUUUACAAGAACCUAUUCCAUAUGUUAAAUCACAAUUAGCCUGUUUGUGGACAGGAAGAAUAGUUUCACAGUUGAUUGGCCAACCUUUAACAGAACUUAUUGAAAAAGAGAUACCCCCACCAGUAGAACAACAGAGUACAUCUGUUGGUACCAAUAUUUUCAGAAGAGCAUUUUUGGAAGCACGUACAAAUAGGAAUAAUAACACUAAAAAUUAUAGGAAAUUGGGAAGUGCAGAAACUACUAGAAUAGCUUUAAUUUGUUCCCUUUAUCAAAUUGCUUUACAUACACUUACACAAAUGAAAAUGGAAAUAUUGACUGGUUUAUGUUAUCAAGAUAAAAUUUUAUACCAUAUGUAUUUAUUCUUGGGAACACUGGGUCCACAUUGUGGUUUAAAAGCAUUUUUGGACCAUUUAGCUGCUAAUACAAAAUGUACAGCACCUGAAUUUCAAAUGUUAAUAUUAUUUUCUGAUUGUAUGACACAUUAUGUUACAAUUUUAGAUGAUAUGGAAAUGUAUGAACAACAAGAUCCGUUCAAACUUAGCGAUUUUGUAACAAUAUCAUACUUUUUAAACCAAUUUUUGUACAAGGCAGUGCUUAAUAAUUUGUUUGAUGUGAAAUCAGUUCCUAAUAAUCCCCUCUUCACCUCUCUUCACACACUUUUAAUGGCAAUUUACCGCCGGGAUUGUAGACGGACCUUUUGCCCGGAAGGCCACUGGUUGGCAAAGGAAGUUCGAGUGUCUGGUUUUCUAGCAGACCUGGAGAAAGGCAGGCGAGGUGCCGCUCUUCUCCUUUCUAAAAUGCCGCAUGUUAUUCCUCAUUCGGAGCGUGUUGUGCUGUUUCGUAAGCAUGUUGCUAACGAAAAAGCAGUUUUAGGUCUAACCGAAAGUGCUUGCAAUAGUACCCCAACAACGCUUAUUGUUGUUCACAGAACUCGUAUAGUGGAGGACGGAUAUCGUCAAUUGGCGAUGUUACCCUCUCAAGCGCUUAAAGGCGUAAUUAGAGUUCGUUUUGUAAACGAGCAAGGUUUAGCUGAAGCUGGUAUUGACCAAGAUGGAGUCUUUAAGGAAUUUUUAGAGGAGACAAUAAAAAAAGUUUUUGAUCCAUCUUUAAAUUUAUUUAAAGUCACUAGUGAAAAUCGACUUUAUCCAUCUCCAACAUCAUCUAUGCAAGAUAAUCAUUUGCAACUCUUUGAAUUUGUUGGUCGUAUGCUGGGUAAAGCGGUGUACGAGGGCAUUGUAGUAGACGUACCUUUUGCAUCUUUCUUCGUUUCCCAAUUUUCUGGGCAAACAGGAGGAGCAUUGUACAGUUGGCUGGACGAAUUGGCUUCUUUAGAUCGAGACUUAUAUCGGAGUCUUACUCUUGUGAAGCAUUAUAAAGGUGAUGUUAGACAGUUAGAAUUAACUUUCUCUCUUGAUGAAGACGUUUUAGGCAAAUUAGUUACGCACGAAUUGGUCCCCGGAGGACGAGCAGUGCCAGUCACUAAUGAAAAUAAAAUCAAUUAUAUACACUUAAUGGCCCAUUUUAGAAUGCACAUGCAAAUAAAGGAUCAAACAGCGGCAUUUAUCAAAGGGUUCCGUUCUAUAAUCAAUCCUGAAUGGUUGGCAUUGUUUUCAACUCCAGAAUUACAGAGAUUAAUUUCGGGUGAUAAUGUUCCACUAGAUUUACGAGAUUUACGAAGACAUACACAAUAUUAUGGUGGUUUUCACGAUAGUCAUCGUGUGGUGUGCUGGCUAUGGGAUAUUCUAGAGAAAGAUUUUUCUGAGGAAGAAAGAGGCUUAUUUUUGAAGUUUGUCACAAGUUGUUCGAAAUCACCAUUACUGGGUUUCGCACACUUAGAACCACCAUUUUCGAUUCGUUGCGUUGAAGUUGGCGAUGACGAGGAUACCGGUGACACAAUCGGUAGCGUAAUAAGAGGAUUUUUUACGAUUCGUAAGAAAGAUCCGCAGAAUCGUCUACCUACAUCGUCUACUUGCUUUAAUCUUCUUAAAUUACCAAAUUAUCAAAAGAAAAGUACCUUACGGGAGAAGUUACGUUACGCUGUCACUAGUAAUACGGGCUUCGAACUUUCAUAAUUUUCACCUGGUUUAAGGUAAUUUCAAUGCAUACUAUAUGCUCAAAUUACCUAACGAAAAUUUCUACGAAGUGAUUGAGUGGUGCCUAACCGCCGCGAACCAAAUUGUCAGGCGAGGUGUUUCUAGUAAUUAUGUCAGAGACUCUAGAUCGAAGAAAAGCAUAACUCGCAUUUAUAUUAUUUGUAAAACAAAAUUUCUAAAUGAAUUUAUUGAAACGAAAUUGAAGACACGCACAAAUUUUAUGAGAUGUUAUCCAUAUAAAGAAACAAAGUUAUCAUUUUGUUAUUUCUUCUUUUAUUGUAAGAAAUUUCUAACGUUCCUAUCGAUCGAUUUGACACGAGAUUAAUUUAUAGUUAUAAUAAAAAAUGAACUACCUUCUUGCUAUUUCUGAAAUUUUUAUGAGAUUUAUGUCUUCUGUCUUAUUUCGUAUACAAUCGUACUGUGUGUUGAACUUUCCUUGUUUUCACAGCACAUAUUCAAGUUUUGAAGUUUCAUUCUAUAAAACUUCUCGCCAAAUGGUAGAUUACUUAUGGUGUAAAGCACACUGUACCUCAUGAGCUUAAUAUUGCUAAUACUGUGCGCUUGUUAGUUUAUAGUAUCGUGAAUUAAUGUUAGUCUAUUAAAUCGAUAAAAUGCAUGACGCGAGUGUUGAAUCCGAGCCCAUCGGUGCCCGGUGAAUAAAUAUAGAGGGGAAAAAAGAAGAAAAAAAGAAAAGAUAGGAAAAGGAGGGGGGUCCGUAAAUUUCUAAAAUUGUCGAGUUAUUUGAAAGUCAAGGCUCCAUUUUGGGGAAAGCUAUUUUCGCAAGAUUUUGUACAAAUUUUUGACACGAUGUAUAAGAAGAUUUAUAUAAUCUUGUUUGGAAAUAUAUACGUGUAUAUAUUGUGUCCACGGGCGCUCAUGGGUUAAAAAUCCAUAACCGUUCGAGUGUUUAAGAUCGGUUUGUUCGGAUCGAACGAAGUUGUGAUGUUUGUUCUCCUACUUGAGCGUUUCGAGCUGAAUUUCCUGUAACUGCAGUUUGUCCGUGAUCUUCGAUGAGCCCGAACGGACGUGAGAAAAUGGAAAACGAGGGAGCAUCAGGACUGUGUUAUCCGCGAUAUAGCGAGGAAUACGAUAUUACAGCGAAAUUUAUUUUUCUCGUGGUUUACGCGUAACUUCGACGAAUGACUCGCGAUAUUGUCGGUGGAAAUUCGGUCAGACCAAAGAUAGAAGCCUAUUUAGUGUGAAGAAGAUAAUUCGAGAUGUAAUCUUUUCAUAUUUUCCUAUACGAGCGUAUGUAAGUUUUUCAGGCCUGUAUUCACCGAUUGUACCUAUGCUGUAGAGGAGUAAUAAAGAGCGAACAUUUUUUAAAGAGAUAGAACGAUAAGUUUACAGAGUAAAUUAGAUUAAAUCGUGUACCAACUAGUUUACUAACGUCCACAAUGUGAAUACUAGCUAACGAAUUAUUUUGAUUAUGUAUAGAAACGAGAAAACGCGGAACAUAAUAACUUUGGCUUUUGUUACUUUCCAUCAGAAUCGAUAACAGUUUCUCUUGUGAUGUUAAUUGUGAAUACAUGCCUUGCAAAUAUAUGUACAACUGAACAAAGUAGUAGAUGAUACUUUCCUUUAUGGGUAUACAUACUUAUCGUUGGAGCGAUACAUGUAUGUGAUAAAUGUGGAUAUGGAUACAAAUAUGGAGUAAAAUAUGAAAUAAAAUUGUUACGAUUGUAAGAUGAAACCGAUGGCUUUUUAUUCAAUAUCCGUUCUUGUUAACGCGGAUCAUUUUUCUAUUUUAGACAUCACGCUAAAGAAAGAAUACACAAACACGAUAUAAACGAGUUUUCCUUACAAUCGUAUCAAUAGCAAAAAAGCGCGCUUUGUAUAAUAUGGCUUGCUCGAGUUACUCGUACUUCUGUAACAUUUUUUAUAAAAGUGUAUACAUAUUGCGACGCAGUUGAGAGAACAACGGUGAAUUUGUUAAUUUAAUACAUUCGAUAAUAACUCACAAUGAUACUGUAAAUAUACACACUGAAUUACA